AAAAGUUGUCUAUAAAUAAAUGAAUCACUCCACAUAAUUACAUAUUUGCUGACAAAAAUAUUUGCACGCUUCUGUAGACUUGGAAUGCAAGUACAGUAGUGCCUUUGGGGUCAGGUGGUUUGCACUAUGACGUCAUUUAAAUUGAUAAAAUGAGAAAUCGCGAUGAGAAAAUGACCAGCUUUCUCGUUUGGGUUUGGUUUUCUGAGCUCAAGUCACACAUUAGGCACCUUGUUGGCUUUUGGCAUGCCCCGCUCACAGCGCCUAGCGUAAUUUAGCAGCCCGUGUAAUCGCUGUUUGAGUAACUGGGGGCUGCCGCGCUUCGGGCACGCUACAUGCUAUUGUAUGCAUAUCAAAUCGUGUCUGCCGCUGCAUACGCGAUACUGCGCUGUGCUUCAGGGCUCGCAGUUGGUCAGAGAGACCACUGACUCUUUAGACUGAUUAUUUACUUGAACGCCUGAAGUGUUUUUUUUCCUCUCAUCGUGGAAACCGUUAGCGACAUAUUUACGAUGGAGCAAUUCUCUAGCAACAUGCUUCUUAACAGUAGUCUUCUUUGCAAAGGCAAUUUCACGAACCUGUCAGCAGCGGAUGGUAAUAUUUCCUACAGAUGUGAUCGAUCAGAUGCCGUAAACAAGGGUUCAACUCCCGUGCUCAUUGCUAUCAUCAUCACAGCGUUGUAUUCCAUAGUAUGUGUGGUGGGACUGGUCGGAAACGUGCUGGUUAUGUAUGUCAUCAUCAGGUAUACGAAAAUGAAAACGGCAACCAACAUCUACAUUUUUAAUUUGGCCUUGGCAGACGCUUUAGCUACAAGUACCCUGCCUUUCCAGAGUGUCAAUUUUCUGAUGGGAACAUGGCCCUUUGGUGAUGUGCUAUGCAAGAUUGUCAUGUCCAUCGACUAUUACAACAUGUUUACCAGCAUCUUCACUUUGACAACGAUGAGUGUUGACCGCUAUAUUGCUGUCUGUCACCCUGUUAAAGCUCUCGAUUUUCGUACCCCACGGAAUGCCAAAAUUAUCAAUGUUUGCAACUGGAUUUUAUCCUCAGCAAUUGGUUUACCAGUGAUGGUGAUGGCAACUACAACAAAUGAUAGUAAUGGCAAGUAUUUUGCAUGUAAUUUCUGUGUCACAGACUGUACUCUAACGUUCCCUCAUCCAUCAUGGUAUUGGGAAAACCUUCUGAAGAUCUGUGUUUUUAUCUUUGCCUUCAUCAUGCCUGUUCUUAUUAUUACUGUGUGCUAUGGUCUCAUGAUCCUCCGGCUGAAAAGUGUUCGAAUGCUAUCUGGCUCCAAGGAGAAAGACAGGAAUCUCAGAAGAAUUACUAGGAUGGUGCUGGUAGUUGUUGCUGUGUUUAUUGUCUGCUGGACACCAAUUCACAUUUAUGUCAUUAUCAAAGCUUUAGUCUCUGUGCCCAGCUCUUUGCUACAGUCGGUCACCUGGCACUUCUGUAUUGCUCUGGGCUACACAAACAGCUGCCUGAAUCCUGUACUUUAUGCUUUCCUUGACGAAAACUUCAAGAGGUGUUUCCGUGAAUUUUGCAUUCCUACUUCCUCUACAAUUGAACAGCAGAAUUCAGUUCGAACAAGGAAUGCACCGCGGGACCAAAACUCCAGUGCACAGACUGUGGACAGGUCUAACCAUCAGGUAUGACUAGCAGUGGAGAUGUCAUCAUUGGACUCACGAUUUCAGGCUAGUGAUGACUUGCACUCGGAAGUGACACAGUUCACAACAGGGCUUUGACAUGCAAAACUCUAAAAUGCGCUCAUGUACCAUUGUAAAUGCUAUUGCAGCUGUAAAUAAAGAAAUUAAAAUAUGUGAAUUUCAUGGCUGUAGAAUUAGUAUAUUCAAAGAAUUCUACAUUUUCAUUUUGGCACUUGUAUAAGCAUUGAGGUCAUCUCUUCUUUUUGCAGCACUUUUGAAGGAACACAAAAUGUAAAUAUAUCAAUUGCAGAUUGUUGCUGCUAUCCUAUGGAACAGGGAACAUCUGCACAUGCUUGGAUCAGGGCUACUUCUGCAUUCUAGAAUUGUAUACAUGUCUAUCUACUGUACUUCUUCAAUAACCUGUGCUUAAAUGUUUCAUAUCUAAUUAUCCUAUAAUUCAAUAUUGUGGGUUUAUUCUCCUGAUUUUAAGUUGUUUGGACAGUUUAUUUAGUUCUACUUGUAUGUAUAGGGAGAUUAAUUGUAGCAGAUAGAUUUUCACACACGCCUGAUAACAUUUUUAAAAAAGUUGUAUAUAAUAUUUGAAAACGAUCAGAUUUUGUCAGUGGUGCAUAUUUUCUAUACUUAAGGCAGGCAUUUUUUAAUAUUAUUUUGAAUUUACUUAUAUAAUACAGUUUUCAGGAUAUUUAAUUUUUAAAAAUGCAGUGUGAGAGUCACAUAAUUGCUUGAUUAAGACCACAUUAGAAAUAUCUUUGAAACCAAGUAACAAGUUAGGAGAUAAAGAGAUUUAAUUUGGGAGAAUCCUACUAAAAUAUCCCUUCAACUGCAAGUAAUACCCUGAUGCAUCAUUCUCAAAGCUUCAAGAAAAGGAAGAAAUAAAAGAACAUUAAGUGUUAACAUGUAACACUAGAGAAAUCUUUGAAAAGUCAAAAGAUUAACCUUUGAUAUUUAUGAAGAGAAAUGUUUUAACUUCCCAAACAGAAAUUUCUCUCUGAAAUACCAUAUCAUAAUCCUUGAUGUCAGCCAAAAAUAAUGCACUGCAAGAGAACAAUUACUUGUUUCUGAGAUAAGACAUUUUAAGCAUAUUUUUUAAGAAAUAAAUAUGACUAAAAUAAUUUCCCUUAAUGGCAUUCUUAGUUUUGGCAAGUUUAAUUUUAUUCUGAAUUUAAUAUAAUGCUAAUAGCUAAACAGGAUAUAGUAGUUGUGUUAUACUUACCUUUGCAUUUGUGGUGAAGUUUUUUCCCAAAAUGACUUUCAAAUAAUUUUUAUAUAUCCUCUAGUAAAGGCUUGUGUCUUAUAAUGAAAAGGCUAUACAUACACUAUAGGUGUUCAAAAAGUUUUGAUCCUGAACCAGAAAGGUGUAUCCUGUGGUGAAAGUGGCCAAAGAUUAGACCCUGUACAGUACUUAUACAUGUGAAUUACAGGUUUCUACCAUUUUUGGUUUAUAGUGUAUUUUUCUUGUUUCAGAACCAAGUCAACAUGGAUGCCAAAAACCACAAAAUAAAGUAUCUUGCUGUCACGGAACCACUAACUCUAGAGAGCAAUAUGCCUUCGGAGAGUCAUUCUCACCUAGAUAAUACAUACCUGGAGCAGUCUCCUUCACA